GUGGCCGGUGGAUCGACAGAGAAUCAAGGACGCGUCCCACUCAAGAAAAAUUCCAAAACCGGGAAAGGGAAAAGCUCCAGGAAAACGAUGGAAAAAUAAAGGAAGACCUUCUCCCGAAAGCUUUGACAAUAUGCCGUUCAUGGCGGAGAAGCAGCGGUUACGCAGCAGUGCUCAUUGAUAGCAACUCUCAACUCUCUCUCUCUCUCUCUCUCGGGGUGCGCCUCCCUUUCCAAUCCCCAUAAAGACGCUGCUCCCUCUCUGCUUGACUCGCUCCCCCUUUCUCGGCCCAUUUCCUCCUCCUUUCCAGCCUUUCCAGGCCAACUCAACCACCGCCUACCACCGUUGCCAGAUUGGCAGAUCCAGCCCUGCCCUCGUCCUCUUUGACUAAGAUGGGUUCUGGGUUUGCUUCGAACUGAACUGGGUCGGGGGACGGAGGGUAGAGAGAGAGAGAGAGAGAGAGAGAGAGAGAGAGAGAGAGGGGCGAUGAGUUCGGCCGCCGGCGCGUUCCGGGACGGCAGCGCCGGAGGGGUCGGGGGCACCAUGGACCACGCGAGGGAGUUCGCGAGAGGGGCGGCGGAGAUGUGCGUGGAGCUGGCCAGGGGCUGCCGGGACAUCGUGCGGCAGACCCUCGGCAACGAGAACUCCUUCCUCGCCAGGUACUUCGGGAGGGACUCGUAUGUCGCGGGCAGGCUCCGGGGCCCGUGCGGGAGGGCGUUCGCGAGGGUGAAGCGCCUGAACGAGUACUUGCCCGAGGACAAGGAUCCGACGCACGUCUGGUCGGUCGUGCUGUUCGUCUCCCUCUUCGCCGUCGCAGCAUUGAGUGUGUAUAUCAAACCUAAAGCUUCUGUGCCUUUGGCGAAGAAAGUAUUCUUACAUCCUCCAAGUGCUAGCCGCAUAUUGCUUCCAGAUGGCAGAUACAUAGCUUAUAAAGAGCAUGGUAUUCCACCUGAUGAAGCUAGGUUUACAAUAAUAUUUCCACACCCAUUUCUCUCCUCUCGACUCGCAGGUGUACCGGGACUUAAGUCUUCAUUACUGGAGGAGUUUGGCAUUCGAUUAAUAACAUAUGAUCUGCCUGGUUUUGGUGAGAGUGAUUCUCAUCCGCAUAGAAACCUUGAAUCGUCAGCAUGGGAUAUUUCUCUUUUAGCAAAUGCCUUAGGAGUCAAUGACAAGUUCUGGGUGUUGGGAUAUUCCAGUGGAAGUAUGCACGCGUGGGCAUCACUGAGGUACAUUCCUGGCAGAGUUGCAGGAGCUGCCAUGUUUGCCCCCAUGGUCAAUCCAUAUGACCCUCUAAUGACCAGGGAGGAGAGAUAUAGAACCUGGAACCAGUGGACACGCAGAAGAAAAUUCCUUUUCUUUUUAGCAAGAAGAUUACCAAGAUUUCUUUCUUUUUUUUAUCAUCGGAGCUUUUUGUCUGGAAGGCAUGGUCAGAUUGAUAAGUGGCUGUCAUUAUCACUUGAAAAUAGGGACAGAGCAUUGAUAGAAGAUCCGUUAUAUGAGGAGUUCUGGCAAAGGGAUGUCGAAGAAUCAAUUAGGCAGGGGCAUGUGAAACCUUUUGUUGAAGAAGCUGCAUUACAGGUGUCAGACUGGGGUUUUAGCUUGGGAGAUCUCAAGUUACAGAAGAAACGUCGAGGUAAAGGUGUUUUGAAUUGGCUCAAAUGGCUGAUUUCUCUACUCAGUGAAAAAGAGCCAGAAUACACAGGCUAUCUUGGGCCAAUACAUAUAUGGCAGGGAAUGGAUGAUAAAGUGGUUCCACCAGCAAUGACUGAUUUUGUGCACCGCGUCCUGCCAGGGGCUGCAGUUCAUAAGCUCCCAUAUCAGGGUCAUUUUACCUAUUUAUACUUCUGCGAUGAAUGCCACAGACAGAUAUUCACUACACUUUUCGGAACCCCACAAGGCCCCCUUACCAAUAAUCCUGAAGCUGAUCUAACUCAGAGGGAUGAGAAGAUGGCAGAGCAGGAAGACAUUCUUCUCGUUGACGUCGCCACCGAGUGAUUGACGAUCAGCUUACGAUACAAGGGAGAAUUACCAUGUACAUAUAAGAUAUACGGGGUUUUCUUAGAAAGAUGAAAUUGCAGACUUCACGUCUUUUGACUCUCGUCUUAGGCUGUCAUAGGAUAGCACUCUUGCUGAGUUCAGAUGGAGAUAUCGAUAGAUAAAUUAGAAUUUGUUCUCUUGUUCUUGAAGUUGGCCGAGUAGUUCAAGUUCCUCUGAUUUGAACUGCUGAAGCAGUGUUUACUUCUGUGCAAAUUUUGAUGUUCUAUUUAUUCAUAUCACCAUCACUUCCCCGAUUUCUCUGGACCAUUGUGGCAAAAAAAACAUAGGUACCAUCGAUAAUUGUCUGGUUGAGUUGCUC